CAAAAUGUUGUCAUCAUCAACUUCCAUACACCACCUCUCUCUUUUCUCUUCUCAUAUAAAACUAGACCUCAUCACCUCUUCCUCUUCAACCACAAAAAAACCUCAAAUUCUUUCAAUUUUUCUUAGUAUUUUCAUUUCUUUGAAAAUAUGACUAUGAAGAACAAUCCUUAUAGUAAAUCCACAGUUCAUCCAAUUACUCAACCAGACCAACAACUUUCUUUAUUACCAACAACAAUCUUAACACUAACAACAUCUUUAUCUCAAGAAGACAAACAAAUCUUGUCAUAUUUAAUUUCUUGUUCUUCUAACAAUUUCUCCAAUAAUCUUGGAUAUUGUACUACUCACAGCAGCAACAACAACAACAAAAGUUGUUAUUGUUUUAAUUGUUAUAUGAGUUAUUGGGUGAAAUGGGAUUCAUCUCCAAAUCAUCAACUUAUUCAUGAGAUUAUAGAUGCUUUUGAAAAUAUGGUGUUGGAGAAAAAAAAGGGGAAAAACAAGAAACAAAGGAGGAAUAGGAAUAGAAGUUCUUGUGGGGUUGAGAAAAAUAAUGAAAUUUGUUUAGAGGAAAAUUCAACAAAUUAUGAUGAUGUUAGAGAAGAAGAAUUAGGUUCUGUUAGAAGAUUUGUUAGUUUUCUUGGUGAAAGUAUUUGGAGUGUUUGGCAUGUCUGAAAUGUUUAUUGGGAAAAUCUAUUGUUUCAUCUCAUCUAGUGUUUGAUAUUUAUAUUGGAAUUCGAUGAAAUAUGAAUUUGCGUAAUGAAAGUCUCAAAGGAUUUUCAAUGAAGGAUAUUUCUCAUUCGAACUCGUACUCAAAACUUUUAGAUAAGGAUGAAGGAAUAAUUACUAUUACAUUACAACCUUUUUUUAUAUUGAGGUUCUCAUAAAUUAAGGAUGAAGGAGCAGUAACCAUUCCGUCGGAACCCAUUAUAGAUGGUUUUGUUCAUUUUUCACUUCUAUAGAAGUUUUUGUUGUUUCUUACUUAUUCUUUAUUCCUAUGUAAAUACUUUUAUAACAAUAUAAACUAUGGUCCUUUUGGAAUGUU